AUGACUUUCUCAGGAGCUUUGACCAUAACGGAUCUGGAUGACUUUCUCACACCUUCACAAGCAUGUAUCAUACCCGUCAGAAAUGCAAAACCGGUCAAAGCGGGAAAUGGCGAUACCGAUAUACAUAUCGAUGCGAACAAUAAUUAUUAUGAGGUCUCCACAUACUCUUUAUCAGAUGUGAAAGGUGUGAACGGUGCGGAGAGUAGUAAAACUGCUCUGGAAAAGGCAGAGAUCAACCUCAACGAUUGUCUCGCUUGCAGCGGGUGCAUUACCUCCACGGAAAGUCUACUCAUCACGAUGCAAUCUCACAAAGAAGUACUUGAAUUCAUAGCCCAACGUCAUCCAUCCACAUGCACCUCCGAAACCCCUUGUUCUUCAUCAGUCAACGGAGGUUGCUCCUCGUCCUCUUCUCAUGCACUAGAAACACGUACACCAGUUCUCUCCAUCUCUCCGCAAACUCUAGCUAGUCUUUCCGCCGCAUAUGGAGCGAAACACAAUCGUGAACCUAUACCCCUGCUGGUUUUGCUCAGACGUAUACGAACUUUGCUGGAUCUGAAAAAGCAUGGAGGGUGGAAAGUUUGGGAUACGACAUUUGCACGACACGUAUCGCUCAAAGAAUCCAUACAAGAGUUUGAAGAAAGGAGUGAGAACGCAAAGGGUAAAGGAGUGGCCAAGCCUAGUUUACCAAUGUUGGCCAGUGCAUGUCCUGGAUGGGUUUGUUAUGCCGAAAAGGCGCAAGGGGACAUGUUGCCUUUGCUCAGUGCGACACGGAGCAGUCAAGGGGUCAUGGGCGCUCUGGUCAAGCAAUGGUGGGGGCAGAAGAUGAGUUUAGAACCCAGUCAGAUUUACCACGUCACUGCUAUGCCUUGUUAUGACAAAAAGCUCGAAGCGUCACGUUCGGAUUUCUACUCCUCCGUCCACAAUACCCGAGAUGUCGAUUGCGUCCUCACCACCGGGGAACUCGACUUACUUCUUCAAGAACUCGGGUUCGAUCCCUACGAACCCGUUCCCAAUGAUCAUCUACCAUCUUCCCCUCUCUCCACCAUUUCCACUGCUCAGCUACCCUGGCCUGAACUGCUCAAUCAUCCCGGAUCCAGUUCCGACUCGUAUCUCUCUACCAUAAUAUCUCACAUUUCCAAUAUCCAUCCCAACCCCACACAGUUGACUGUCCGAAAAGUGCGAGAGUCAGACGAUAACACCGAAUACUUCCUUGAAGAUACCGUCACCGGAGACGUGAUUUUCAAAGGUGCUCGAUGUUAUGGGUUCCGAAACUUGCAAAAUCUCGUCCGGCGCGUUGGAAAAGAAACCGGAAUCGGCAAAGCAGGUGGACGUGCUGGUAAACUUUCAGCGGCCGUUGCUGCCAGACGACGGAAAGCACGGAUCGGUACCGGGGAAAUAGGCACUCCUAUUACUCCUACGACGGACGGUAGUGAUGUCGAAAAUAUUUUUGCUGCUUUAGGGAGAGAUUCGAAGAAACUCGAUUUCGUCGAAGUCAUGGCUUGUCCAGGAGGAUGUGCUAAUGGAGGUGGACAAAUGAAAGCUGUGAUACCAUCAACGGAGAAGGAUGAAGAGGGAUAUGAACGACCGAUGGAAGUUGAUGGUGUCGCGUCUAAACCUCCUGCGGAAGAUGAGAUGAGGUGGAGAUGGAGCACGAAAGAUUGGGUGGCAAAGGUCGAAGCUGUAUAUUGGAACGGACUGCCAACACCACCACCUUCACCUCAAUUAAGACCGCAAGAAGGGAUGAUCGGGCAGACGGGUAAACAAUGGGAGGAUGAAAGGUUGAAAGAGGCUGAUAGAUUGACUGCAAGUAUCGCGAGAGAGAUGUGUGGAGAUGAAAGGGAGAACAGAUAUCAAUUUCUUCGAACAAGGUUUAGGAAGGUUGAAGGGGAUGUAUUGAAGGGGGGAUUUUUCAUUUCCUCUAGAUUCAAAGUUGCGGGGGAAUUACAAGAUGGACAGGGUCGAGAUAAGGACGCCAUGGUAUGGUUUGAAAGACUAAAUGAUGAUAUUGAUAGAUUGGAAGGGGGAGAUGAUAGGGAUGGGCUGGUAGGGUCGAUAGGGCUUGAAGGUGGCGAUUCGACAUUUUCUAAAAAAGAAAUUGAAGGAUGA